UAUAUUUUGUAUAAGAUAUGGCAGAGCGCGUCUAUUCGCAGGUGAUUGAGCGUUAUGUACCGCAGCUGGUGAAAGUAUUACUGGACUCCCCGGAGGAGAAUGAGGUGUACACGAAAUCCUUACAAUAUGCAAUGAACAUGAUUCAAAUCUAUUCCGAAAGACCCAGGACUGAGCCCACUGCAGUCUGGCUAAAUCUGCGUGAAUUUGUGAAUCGAUAUCGGGAUGAACAGUUGCCAGUGCUGGCGGACGCAAUCAGAAAGUUAUCGAAUGUGAUAAUCGAUGAUUUUCAGAUUGGCGAGCAGCUCAAGUGGGCAAUUAUCGAUUUUAUGUUAUCGGUGAAUUAUUGUCCAUUUCGUGUGGCUCGCUUCUACAAGCAGGCGCACUUGGAGUGCAGCGAGCUGAUCCUCAAGGAUCUGGCACUGGCUCACAAGACUGCGCAACAGAUCUCAAUUAAAAAGCACUUAAGUUUGAACAGCUUAAAACGGUCUCUGCACUUGGAGCUUGGCAUGCGCCAAAGUGAAGUGCAGGCGGGUGAAUCUCGCAAGGAUUCAGUUAGUCAAUCCCCUGAUUUAACAGCGCUCAGCUCAGCGAAUUCAACGCCUGCUCGAAGUGAGUGUGGAAUGUGGCAGCUGCCGCCGGCUCUGCAGCAAGUUAAGCAAAUGGAGCUGGAGUUGUCCAAGCAGGUUGGCAUCAAGGCUCAAUUUAGCUACAGAUUUGCCAAGUACUUAAGCCGUAAUCUUGCCGAGAAAGGGAGCCAGUUUUGUGAUUGCGACGAAUCCUUUUUCAUCCAAGAGACCCUUCAAGUGUUCUUUCGCCCCGCAGAGUGUCAUCAUUUUGUGCUGCUGAACGAACUGAUUCAGCUGCGUCCACAAUCGCUAAAUGUGGACAACAUCGACGAUCAGCAGCUGGUGGAGCAGUUGCUGAAGCCAGUGCAACACAUGCAAUGCCUCUACGCCUACAUCGAUUGCUAUAACAAAGCGGAGCAGUUGGAAAUGUUGCACAGUUUGACGGCCGCCCUGAGGCGACUCCUGAUGCCAGUUGUGGAAACGUUGACUCACUACGCAAGCAGCAUCCGAGAGGGGCUAGUGAAGGCGACACUCGCCUCCUUCCGCCAGGCCACGCAGAACAGCUUUAAGCGUUUACAGCCACUUUGCAGUUUAACGGCGGCCAAUUAUGUAUCCUAUAAGCUGCAACUUAAGAAUUCGCCACAUUAUCGCAGUCAACACAUCGUCACAAGUCUCCUGGAAGUGUUGGCCACAUGGCCACACGCAGAUCAUCGUCGCUAUGCCGCAGCUCUGCUGUUGCAAGUGCUGCAGGUGCCUUGCCGUUGCUUGGAUAAUUUGUGGUUGCUCGGCGACUUUGAGGACGGCUUCAAUGAGUUUCGCUUUAAACGGGUAAAGGUCAAAGGUCACACGGCAUAUCUGAUGCGAGAGGCUAUUGCUGGCGUGCCACUCAAGCCAAAUGCCAUUUAUAAAAUCAUUGAGCAGCAUAUUCAAGAGGCAGGUGCAACAAUUGCGUGGCUCUGUGACUCGCAGCGAUUGUCACAUUUUGUGGCGCAGCACGAAUUAAUGUUGCGACAGAGUUUGCAUCACGCGCUGCUCAAAUCGGUGCAACUGCAGCAGCCACAACAACUCGACCAGCAUAAAAUGGAGAUGCCACAACCAACUGUUGCUGCCCCAGAGAUAUUUCAACAGUUAAACUUAGUCAGCGAUUGGGACUUGCGUUGCAUCUACUUCAAGUACGUCAAGGAGACGUUGCAGGAUCUCAAGCAGUCGGGUUACUGCAAUAUUGAGGCGUUGCUAAAAUGUUGCCAGAACUGUGAUCUAAAGCAGAUCAUUUGCGAGACGUUGCAGAGGCAACUGAAGCAGCGUUUCUUCUGGGUCAACACUUAUGUGUUGCACUUGCUGUUGCAAGAACUGAAAUUGGGCAAAGUUUUACGGCAACUGCGUUCGAUUUAUUUGUUGCACAAUUUUGAUUUGUAUGCCACGCAUCUUGAAAUAGCUUUUGGCUGCUUGGAGCAGGGAUUUGCCAUAAAGGCAGCUGAGCAACUGCAGCAGAUACUCCACAUUCAACAUGCUCCACUGGAUUUAAAAGUAGAAUUGCCAAGCGCAAAUUUGGCGCAACUUUCCCUAAUCUUCAACUUCAACCCGCAGCUGCGUGGCAUCAUCACCGAGGCGCAACUGCAACAAUACAAUGAGAUCUUUCGUGUGCGUUUGCAGCUGCAUACGACAGUGCAUCGCUUGCAACAGUUGCUGCAACUCAAUUGUGACCAACAAGAAGUGGCAAUUGUGUUGCAACUAAAAACAGAUCUGCUGCUCGAGUUUGGCAAACAUUUCCAGGCGCAACUAUUGCAACAGGCAGCACAGCAUUGCGAUGAGCAGCUGCAACUCUGUGGCACACUCGACCAGCUGCAACAGUUGCAUCAGGAAUAUGUGCAACUAAUCUCAAAGUCAUAUCUAAAUCGAUUCGAACAGCAACUGCAGGAUCUGUUUAGCUUAUCAGUUAUACUCUUAUCAAACUGGCGACGAUUGGAAUUCCUAUUUGAAACAGGAAGCGGAAACGGAAAUAGCAACUUGGAGCGGUUCGAUAGACACUAUCAAGUUCUGAACAGGCGUUAUUUGUUAAGCAUAACCCACUCCAUGCAAGUGUUGCAUGCAACGCUGUGAAUGACACUCGGUUUUCGGGCUUUUGAAAUUGUGUUGUUUCCCCCAAUGCACCAUUUCCCAAUCAAGCUUUUGAUUUAAAUUUAUUUUCAAACAACUGCGAAAUUCUCAACUGGGUUUCUAUCAAUUUUGGUUGCGUUUGUGACAAAAACCGCAAAUUAAAUCGCUUUUUGAGUGCCAACGAAAUUUAUUUGUAGUGUGUUGCCAAAGCCACAGCCCCACACAGAAAAAAAGAAUAAGUAAGCUGUAGUCGAGUGAACUCAACUAUGAGACAUCCUGCAGCUAGCUGUUGAAUAUACUAUUCUAGUUUUAUUGUGAAAUUUCGUUCUAAAAAGUUUUGCUCACUCAAAUGUAUGCAUGCUUGGGUAUGCUCUUUUGUCAGGCACAUUUAGUGAAGAGUAAAAUACAAAGUAGGGCAGUGCUUUUUUUUAUUUCGAUCUUGAUUAAACUUGUAUCGUUGAUCAACAAGAUGACAAUGUACAUUAUACAUGGCUUAGUAGCUUUUGCCUCUAAAAUUGAAGCUCUUUCCUAUCGGAAAUUGAUUUAUAUCGAUAUACGUUA